AUGGGAAAAGUUGGCGCCGGCGGCGGCUCCCCGGCCCGGCUGAGCGCGCUCCUCGCCGGCGCGGGGCUCCUGGUCCUCUGCGUCCCGGGCGCCUGCGGCGGCGGCUCCUGCUGCCCCCAGCUGCCCCCCGGUUCGGCCCCACGCUGGGCUGCAACCCCGGGGGGCUUCGCGGGACGCGGACCGCGAGGCAGAGCUGCUGCCACGCCCCUGCCCCUCCUUGGGCGCCCCCUGUUCGCCGUGGCCCCCGGAGACCGAGCGCUGUCCCUGGAGCGGGCUCCGGGCACCGCGGCGUUCACGGCGAUGGCCCCACGCUCUGGCCGGCGGAGACGGAGUGAGGCGGGACCGGGGACGGCGGAGCGGGGAGACGGCGCGAGUCGGAGCCCCCAAGGAACGCUAAGGGACGGAGGGCAGCCGGGGCCUGGGACUCCGGCGCGGGACCCGGACAAAGCCACUCGCUUCCGGAUGGAGGAGCUGAGACUGACCAGCACCACGUUCGCGCUGACGGGCGACUCCGCACACAACCAAGCCAUGGUCCACUGGUCCGGCCACAACAGCAGCGUGAUUCUCAUUUUGACGAAGCUCUACGAUUAUAACCUCGGUAGCAUCACUGAGAGCUCGCUCUGGAGGUCAACUGAUUAUGGAACAACCUAUGAGAAGCUGAAUGAUAAAGUUGGGUUGAAAACAAUAUUAAGCUAUCUCUACGUGUGUCCUACCAACAAGCGUAAGAUCAUGUUACUCACAGACCCAGAGAUUGAGAGCAGUUUACUGAUCAGCUCAGAUGAAGGGGCUACCUAUCAGAAGUACCGGCUGAACUUUUACAUUCAGAGCUUGCUUUUCCACCCCAAGCAAGAGGACUGGAUUCUGGCCUACAGCCAAGACCAAAAGUUAUACAGCUCUGCCGAAUUUGGGAGAAGGUGGCAGCUUAUCCAGGAAGGUGUUGUGCCAAACAGGUUCUACUGGUCUGUGAUGGGAUCAAACAAGGAACCAGACCUUGUGCACCUUGAGGCCAGAACUAUAGAUGGUCAUUCACAAUACCUAACUUGCCGAAUGCAGAACUGCACGGAGGCCAACAGAAAUAAACCUUUCCCAGGCUACAUUGACCCAGACUCUUUGAUUGUCCAGGAUGAUUACGUGUUUGUUCAGCUGACAUCAGGAGGACGGCCACAUUACUACGUUUCCUACCGAAGGAAUGCGUUUGCCCAGAUGAAGCUACCCAAAUAUGCUUUACCCAAGGACAUGCACGUCAUCAGCACAGAUGAGAAUCAAGUGUUUGCCGCAGUGCAAGAAUGGAACCAAAAUGACACAUACAACCUCUAUAUCUCAGACACCCGUGGGGUUUAUUUCACGCUGGCCUUGGAGAAUGUUCAGAGCAGCAGAGGUCCCGAGGGCAACAUCAUGAUUGACCUCUAUGAGGUAGCAGGGAUAAAGGGAAUGUUCUUGGCUAACAAGAAGAUUGACAACCAAGUGAAGACUUUCAUCACCUAUAACAAAGGCCGAGACUGGCGUUUGCUGCAGGCGCCGGACACAGAUCUAAGGGGGGACCCGGUGCACUGCUUACUGCCCUACUGCUCACUGCACCUUCACCUGAAGGUCUCUGAGAACCCCUACACCUCAGGGGUCAUCGCUAGCCGAGACACUGCCCCCAGCAUCAUAGUGGCUUCAGGCAACAUAGGUUCUGAAUUGUCAGACAGCGACAUCAGCAUGUUUGUCUCUUCAGAUGCGGGGAACACCUGGAGGCAGAUCUUUGAAGAAGAGCACAGUGUCUUGUAUCUGGAUCAAGGUGGCGUCCUGGUUGCUAUGAAGCACACGUCUCUCCCAAUUCGACAUCUCUGGUUGAGUUUUGAUGAAGGGAGAUCUUGGAGCAAAUACAGUUUCACAUCUAUUCCACUUUUUGUGGAUGGGGUUUUGGGCGAGCCUGGGGAAGAGACUCUAAUCAUGACAGUAUUUGGACACUUCAGCCACCGCUCCGAAUGGCAGCUGGUCAAGGUGGAGUAUAAGUCCAUUUUUGAUAGACGCUGUGCCGAGGAGGACUACAGACCCUGGCAGCUACACAGCCAGGGGGAAGCGUGCAUCAUGGGAGCAAAACGGAUAUAUAAGAAGCGAAAAUCAGAGCGAAAGUGUAUGCAAGGAAAAUAUGCAGGAGCUAUGGAAUCUGAACCCUGUGUCUGCACAGAGGCCGAUUUUGACUGUGACUACGGUUAUGAGCGACACAGCAAUGGUCAGUGUCUGCCAGCAUUUUGGUUCAAUCCGUCUUCUGUAUCAAAGGAUUGCAGCUUAGGACAGAGUUAUCUCAACAGUACUGGGUACAGGAAAGUGGUUUCCAAUAACUGCACUGAUGGAGUAAGAGAACAGUACACUGCCAAACCACAGAAGUGUCCCGGGAAGGCCCCGCGGGGGCUGCGGAUCGUCACUGCUGAUGGGAAGUUGACAGCGGAACAGGGGCACAACGUCACUCUCAUGGUGCAGCUGGAAGAGGGUGACGUCCAGAGGACACUCAUCCAAGUGGACUUUGGUGAUGGAAUUGCAGUGUCGUACGUCAACCUGAGCUCUAUGGAAGAUGGCAUCAAACACGUCUAUCACAACGUGGGCAUUUUCCGAGUGACGGUGCAGGUGGACAACGGUCUGGGGUCGGACAGCGCCGUCCUGUACUUACAUGUAACUUGUCCCCUGGAGCAUGUACACCUGUCUCUUCCCUUUGUCACCACGAAGAACAAAGAGGUCAACGCAACUGCAGUGCUGUGGCCGAGCCAAGUGGGCACCCUCACUUACGUGUGGUGGUAUGGAAACAACACGGAGCCUCUGAUCACCUUGGAGGGAAGCAUAUCAUUCAAGUUUACUUCUGAGGGUAUGAACACCAUCACAGUCCAGGUCUCUGCUGGGAAUGCCAUCCUGCAGGACACGAAGAGCAUCGCAGUGUAUGAGGAAUUCCGGUCUCUUCGCCUGUCCUUCUCUCCGAACCUGGAUGACUACAACCCUGAUAUCCCGGAGUGGAGGAGGGACAUCAGCCGAGUCAUCAAAAAGUCUCUGGUGGAAGCCACAGGGGUCCCAAGCCAGCACAUCUUGGUGGCAGUGCUCCCUGGCUUACCUACCACCGCUGAGCUCUUUGUCUUGCCCUAUCAGGAUCCGACUGGAGAAAAUAAAAGGUCAGCGGAGGACCUGGAGCAGAUAUCAGAACUGCUGGUCCACAAGCUCAAUCAAAACUCGGUGCACUUUGAGCUGAAGCCUGGGGUCCAAAUCCUUGUCCAUGCGGCCCACUUAACAGCAGCUCCACUGGUAGACCUCACUCCAACUCACAGUGGAUCUGCCAUGCUGAUGCUGCUCUCGGUGGUGUUUGUGGGGCUGGCCGUGUUCGUCAUCUACAAGUUUAAAAGGAAGAUCCCGGGGAUUAAUGUUUAUGCCCAGAUGCAAAAUGAGAAAGAACGAGAGAUGGUCAGUCAAGUCAGUCACCCUGAAAGCAGGCCCCAUAUCCCUCAGACUGAACUCAGGAGGCCUGGCCAACUGAUAGAUGACAAGGUGGAAUCCCAGCUCAUAGGAAGUAUUUCCAUAGUUGCUGAGAAUCAAAGCACAAAAGAAAUCCCUACCUAUGUAAAUGUUUGAAUGGAGGACGCCAGUAAAAACAAAAACAAACAAAAAUAAAAUAAAAACAAUCAGAAUCCAAACAAACAAACAAACAAACACUCACUGCAUCGGGACUUUUUAAUUCUUCAGACACAGACAACAAGGGUUUUUAGCUUUAAGCCUGUGCAUGUGGACAAUACCUUGAGAACAUGCUUGGAGGGGCAGUGUACAGGUGCUCUAUUUUAAUGGAAAAAACACUCCCCUCCCCCUUUCUCCCCCUCUCUCUUUUUUCUGAUCGGUCGUGUUUGUAGAACAUUCAUAACAUAUAGAGGCCAAGGAAAUCUGCAUGUGUUUUUGGAAAUAUUCUUGGCCCUAGAUUUAACAGCUCUUUUAGCACUACAGGCUGAUGAGUGGAUUAGCCACCCCAGCCCCUUUCAUAAGACACAAAGACAUGCACAGGAGUGUAAAACCCUGAGCUGUUUCUCCGUUCCACUCCCCUCAUUGCCAUUUCCUUUUCUAAGUUAUCUCUGGUAGCUCUGUUGGCCAGUGGUGGCCACAGGGCUGCUUUUUGCAUUCUGUAUGGCCACAGGGACGAAGAAGCGAGUUGAAGUUCCACAUGUUCAAGCAGAGUGAUGAAGGCAGGCAGGGGGGCAGGCAUGUCAGAAGUGGACCUUUCCAUCACCCAGGCUGUCCCUCACAGCUUCCCUACUCUCACCCCAACCUACACAGAACAGAGAAUCCCAGUUACCCAUCAUCUGGCCUCCCCAUGUGUUUGCUGUCCAUGUGUGAUUAUGAUCUCUUGAUGUCUUUGUACCUCUUCCUUCCGGUUUCCAAGUUGUCUCUCAAGUCCCCCUACAUUUUUCUUCCCAAACACGUUGCUAGAUUCUGGACAUUAACCUCGGUAUUUCCUAAAUACUGGCCUAGCCUCUGCCUACCUUGCCCUUGCCACAUUCAAGUUUCUGACCCGUCAGCACGCCAGCUUCCCUACACCCUGACCAAGCUGUCCUGCGAUGCAGGUUCAGCUCCAUAUACCCUUUGUCUCCUCCUGCCUCUUCCAAAUAGCCUUGCCUUUCCUCACCUGGAAGCAUACAAUGUGUGGGAAAGAGUUGAUAUAUAUGCAAAGCAAUUCAGACCUGGCCAUGUACACUGGAAAAGAAAGCAAACAGAUGCGUAGUGGAAUUUUCACACCUGAACAAAAAUCUCUCGUGUGCAGAUUCCAGAACAGUCUUGCAAGAAAUGUUUUGAACAUGUUACUAUGUGGCAGGGCAAUUUCCUUCUGUAAUGGUUGCUAUUACCUAAUAUUUGUUCUCUCACAGUAGAGUAAAAAUAUUUGUAAAAUAAAACUGAUUUUAACCAGAAGAAGAAGCAGGUUAAUGUAUUUAAUACUGAAGAGUGUCAAAAAGUCUGAGAACAUAUGGAGGUCUUUUCUUACAUUAGGAUGUGAUUUUGAUUAUGAAGGAUGAACCCAGACACUCCACAUGUGUGCUCUCUGAUCUCUGAGUAUCGUCGUAUUGGCAAAGGAAAAAUUAAUAAGCAUAAAGGGGAGGAGGUGGAUGUCUAACUAAAGCAGAAUGGCUCAAAGCAUGAAAAAAUCCCCGUGUGCCCAGGGCAGUAAUGAAAGAAGGCCCAGAGAAAGAAGGAAACAAAAGUACAUCCAGCAGAAGCCCUUGGAGGAUUAUGAGUUGGGUAAAUACCACUCUAAAAUAGAGUAGAAAACAGUUUUGAAAAACCACUCAGAGCGAGCAGCCUCCUUCUUGGCCGUGUUCCCAGGCCAGUAACAGUUUAUAGCAGUGUCCCGGGAAUAAUGGGGGCGACCCAAACGUCUUGAGGAGCCCUGCCCUUAUGUAGCCCAGGCAGAAGAAGAGUAACAAAGCCACAGUCAGAAGUUAAUCAAGCAGAAGUUUUUGUGGUUGAGGAUGCCCAGUGUGGAUCCGGGAAAUGGAUUAUGCCUGCGGCAGCCAUCUGUUUGUAGAAAUCAAUUGAUCCCCAAACUGCCAGGCUUCCUGUCCCAUAGGAAACAUCCUCAUCGAUCCACUUCAGUUGGAGCCACCCAAGUUUAAUCUGGAAGACCAAAUGUUGGGAAGAGAAAAGAGGCUCCCUCAAAACAGCCCAGGGGGUCCGCAGAGUUGCAGUUCAAGUAAUUUUAACUGGAAAAUUAUGAGAAAUGGAAAAACCCUCUUAAUUUAGCACAGUGCCUUGCCUACAGUAGAUAUGAAGAAACUCACUCAUUGAAGGGAGAAAUGAAAAGGCUCCGUGAGAAGACAUAGGGAAGAAUGGGCUUGUAAGUCCUAAUUAAAAAUCGAGGUAGACAUGAGAUGCCUGGCAUUUUCGAAACCGGUCACAGAUGGCCAGCUCUCUGGCCAACAUCUCCAGGGUCCUCAUGUGCCUCUCCUCCAAGCUCCCUCCCACCUGUAGGAAAUUAGUGAGGCUAGGUACUGCUCAGAGGGGGCCUCAUUGUUCUUAUGACCUAGCUCUCUGGUUCUCAAAGUGUGGUACCUAGACCAGCAGAAUCAGCAUCACCUCAGACUUAUUAGAAACUUGGGGUCCCACUACUGCAGACCUUCUGAAACAGAAACUCCAGUGGGUGGGGGCCCAGCAGUCUGUUUUUACCAACUCUUCAGGUUAUUGUGAUGCACACAGAAGUUUGCGAACUGCUGCACCCUGCCAUUCCAGCUCAAUCCCAAAGAGAACGUAGUAAUGAGAGCCUACAAAUGGGAGGGACCCAAGUGCCUACCUACUCACUAACAGCAGGUGCAAACACAGUAAGGAGUUUGGUGGGCCAGAGGAGUGAAUGGGGAGGGACGGGUGUGGAAGGGAAGAUUCAGGGCAAGCUAAAAAUCUGAAAUUGCAGUGUUUUCCAAAACUCCCAGAGGACAAACAGUGUAUGCUCUACCCUGAACUACCCAGCUGACACUUUCUCCUUUGCCUUAUUCCUAAUUGGAUUCACUGUCCAGAAUGCAGAGGUUUGCUUUACUUUUUUUUCAGAAGUUCCAAACAGCAAUUUUGAGAGCAGUGGGGUGUUUGGCAGCCGUUCUGUGUUUUCCAGAAUU